AUGGUGAGGUGCUAUGCGGCUAGAGCUAAUCGACCCUACUCCCAGACCCUCGAGACCAACCUUUUCGGAGUAAUCCACGGCAUCAACACAUUCCUUCCUGUGGUGCAGGAAGCUGCCAAGUCAAAACAAACGGCCGUUGUAAUCACUGGCAGCAAACAGGGAAUCACCAACCCGCCGGGUAACGCUGCCUACAAUGCAUCAAAGGCGGCGGUGAAGAGCCUUGCCGAGCAUCUCAGCUGGGAUCUGAGGCACGACAAGACUACAGUUCAUCUUCUCGUCCCUGGCUGGACUCACACCGGCCUUACGGGAGGCGGCCAAGGCAGAGAGAAGCCAGCUGGCGCCUGGGCACCCGAGCAGGUAGCUGAGCAUCUUCAUCGAAAGAUGGGAGAGGACAGAUUUUACGUAAUUUGUCCCGACAAUGAUGUGUCGGAGGAGACGGACAAGAAGAGGAUGCUCUGGUCCGUGGGUGACACUGUCAAAGGACGACCUCCGCUCUCCAGAUGGCGAGACGAGUGGAAGAAGGAAGCUGAAGAGACGAUGGCGAGCACUCAAGUGUGA